ACCCGGAGCCCCCAGGGUGCCGGGCUUAGCCUGCGGCCUGAGACCCGGGCCGCCCACCAGGAGCCGGGAGGGUUGGGGAUGAGGAGCAAAUCACAGCGGGGCGGCCUCGUUCCAGGUCCACCGCGGAGGUCGCAGCCCCCCAUAACCUAGCAGGUCUCUCAGGCGCCGGCCUGUCCUCGACACUGCCACAUCGGGCCUAACAUGGCCGCUCGUGCUGGGUCCUCCUGGAUGCACAGAGAGCCGGACCGAGGUCCGGGCCAGGGACAUCUCCCGGCAUUCCUCGCGGGCGUGGCUUGGGUUCCUUCCCCGUUCUCCAGGUCCCGCGAGAGGGAGACCCUUGGUUCUUUGAGGAAGUCCUUUGGAUUCAGGACAUCAGCAGCACUGGAAGGAGUCUAACUGGAGACCCGUCACUGUUGUUGAGCUUCAAAACAUCAGAGACAGACGGGCCAUCCAUCACAGAGGCAGGAAGAAAGGGCCCCCAACAGAGAGCACUGUGACUGUGGAGCAUGGCCCAGGGCCUGAUUGAAGUGGAGCGAAAGUUCAUUCCCGGGCCUGGCACAGAGGAGCGGCUGCAGGAGUUGGGGGCCGUCCUGGAGCACCGGGUCACUUUCCGAGACAGCUACUAUGACACCCCUGAGCUGAGCCUCAUGCGGGCUGACCACUGGCUGCGGCAGCGAGAGGGUAGUGGAUGGGAGUUCAAAUGUCCCGGAGCAACAAGUGUCUCCGGCCCCCACACUGAGUACAUGGAACUCACAGCUGAGCCUGCAAUUGUGGCCCAACUCUGUGAGGUGCUGGGAGCUGAGGUCCUAGGGGCUGGAGGUGUGGCUGCUGCUCUGGGCCCGCUGGGGCUGCAAGAAGUAGCUAGUUUUGUGACUAAGCGGAGUGCCUGGAAACUGGUGCUAUCUGGAGCUGAUGAAGAGGAGCCACCGCUCAGGGUGGACCUGGAUACAGCUGACUUUGGCUACGCUGUGGGUGAGGUAGAGGCCCUGGUGCACAAAGAGGCUGAAGUCCCAACCGCCCUAAGGAAGAUCCACAGCCUCAGCAGCAUGCUCGGUGUACCAGCACAGGAGACUGCACCUGCCAAGCUGAUUGUGUACCUACAGCGCUUCCGGCCUCAGGACUAUCAGCGCCUGCUCGAAGUGUAUGGCUCCAGAGAGAAGCCACAGGGGACUAAAGAUCCGGACAUGAGACUGGGCUAGGGUGUCACUUCCUCAGUGGGGACGAGAGCUCUGGGUCUAAUGAAGGUCCUUCCUGGGCUCACUGUGCUUCUUCUCUGGCUUCCCUUCCCACAGUGACGCCCUUCUCCAGCUCCGCCUGUUCCUUCACCCUACCCUCAGCUGUCCUUCCUGGAGCCCUCCUUAGCUGCCUCCUCUCCCUCAUCCGUCAGAUGCAAUCUGUGGGCCGCCCCUCUCCCCUGGCCGCUAAGCAGCCUCCAUUGAUUUCCGCUCGUGUUUAUAGGAUUUCCACUUAGCCGUGAUCAGUAGUUAAGCACAGGAAAAUCCCUUGCCACCCCCCCCUCCCUUGGUCGAUGCCAUUGAUUCUGCCAGCGGCUCCUAAACCGCCUUACAGCUGAGUUAGAGACGAGGCGAGGCAGCAGGGAUUUCCCUGCCCCAGGGUUGGGGGAAUAGCAGCAGGUUGGGGAAAUGGGUGGGAAUCUCUGUUAGAAAUCUAGGAGUUCUGGUUUGAUGUUGCCACUGUGCCCUGCUCUGGCCCAGAGGGUACAGUGUCUCCUCUGGAAAUCUGGGGGCAGACUGGCUCCCCAGCCCGGAGAGCGGUAAAAAAGAAAACCCUCAUG